UCAAAGUCGGUCCAUUCAACCUCGUCGACUCUCACGUGAUAUACACUCGGAAAAUGUCGGCCGAGCACUGUUGUAAAGUUCUGAUAGCCAUGGAUGGCAGCGACCAUUCCAACUACGCAUUUGACUGGUACAUGGACAGGCUUCACCGGAUGGGGAAUGACGUAGUGGUGGCGCAUUGUCCCGACUACAGCGCCAUCUAUCACACGCCCGGUAUCAGUGGCGAUCCGUCCCUGGUUGCCGAGCUCGUUCGAGAAGAGGCUGUCAAAAUCGGCGUCAUUGUCGACAAACUGCGGGAGAGGCUGACUAAAACCGGGGUACCGGGUCGUAUUCUGCGCCUGAAUGGUCAUCCUGGUUCGUCUCUGGUGAAGGCAGCGGAGGAAGAAGAGGUUGAUUACGUCGUCACGGGAACGCGCGGACGCGGCAUGAUGAGUAGGAAGAUACUCGGCAGCGUUAGCGACUACAUCGUACAUCACUCACACGUGCCCGUCGUUGUUUGUCAGAGGCCCAAGGAACAGCAACAGCAAGUGUGAUUGAAGAACAACAAAAGUGUCUUGGUGAUGAGGAUCGCCUUCGAUGCCUUGUUGGGAGGACGUCAUCAAUCUUUUGGGAAGAAGAGUCCAGGGGACAUCAGUAGUCCAGACACCGAGGACAUCAUGGACAUCAUGGACAUUGGAGGCUGUGAUGGCGUCACUGGUCUCUUCGGGGUGUCGACAAUAGUAAACAAACAGUAAAA